UGCAUCGGUGGAAGUGGACCACAACUAGCCCUGCUUUAAUCCUGGUUUAGACCUGGUUUAGUCCUGGUUCAGUCCCGGGGUAGUCCUGACUUGUCCUCACUGUGACUUUUAUUCUUCAAAAACAGGAAAAAUAUGACGUGGUGAAGGCUUCCUGCUGCUGCGGACUCCCGGAUCCUGGUUCAGUCUCUGGACUUCAGGCUUGGACGAGAUUUCACUUCGUCUAAAUGUGACUUUUAGGCCCACAUUGAUUUUUUUUUUGUCUGCAUGUAUUUGACAUUUUCGACUCUUACUCAUUUUAACCAAUGUUGUAAUGUUUGUGGAUAUUACGCAAGAAUGGACAAGUUUUAAAGACGGACUUGAAUUUUACCCUGCUUUUUUUUUUAUUAUUCAACUAGGAUGAAGUUAUUCUUGCUUUUGGUUAUUGCGGCUGCCGUCCAAUCAGAACCAGAGACGAAGAAAGGGCGUGGCUUCUGUCAGACGGAGGACCUGGUUGAGACCCAUGGGCCCUGUAGUUCCUGUGCCACUCGCUACACAUGCCCACCCAGGCAAUCCACUCUCAGGACAGAGAACUGCACGUACCAGGUAUCUGUUGGGGGCCGUCAGUUGGAGUUAUCUGGCUGCAGGACAGUUUGUGGGCGCCGCUACUUUAGGUCCAAAUGCUGUCCUCAGUUCUGGGGCCCUCUCUGUCUUGCAUGUCCAAGUUGGGCUGGAAAAACGUGUAACUACAGAGGCUCCUGUUCUGAUGGAGAGACUGGGAAUGGAACAUGUGUCUGCGACGAUAAAUUCUCUGGUUUUGCUUGUAGUGAAUGCAAAAACCCAAACGCCUAUGGAGUGGACUGUGACAAAGAAUGUGACUGUGAACACGGCGUCUGUAACAAAGGCCCAGAGGGAGAUGGGCAGUGCUUCUGUCAGCCUCCGUACACCGGCAAACGCUGCGACCAACUGAGCUCCGGGUGCCGCUCCUGCCCUCCGUUCUCCUACUGCAAAGGGGAUGGAGACUCAGCUGUUUGUGACUGUCUGCCCGGACACAGAAGAACUAACCAGGGAAGAUGUCCAACUGUGUGCUCCGCCCGGGACUGUGACGUGAACGCAGAGUGUUCAACUCAGGGGUCAAAGGUCACAUGUGCCUGUAAAUCAGACUACGAGGGAAAUGGUCGAGUCUGUGUCCCCAAAAACCCCUGUAACCAGAACAAUGGAGGGUGCCCUGUGAACUCCACUGUGUGUGUGUUCAGCGGAGCCAACAAGGCCAUGUGUCAGUGCAUGUCAGGGAUGAGGCCAGUAGGGGGCAAUGCUCAGUUCGGCUGUGAGCUGGUGUCAGCCUGUUUAAAGGACUCCUGUCACCCCUCUGCUUCCUGUCGCACCGGAUUGGACGGACAUGCCAGGUGUGAGUGCAGUUCAGAGCAGAUCAGUGAUGGGUGGAGGUGUUAUGGAAACCUGAUGGAGCAACUUCUUGAACUGGAUCGAACUGGAGAUCAUCAAGGAAAUCUGACCGCCACCAUUACUCUGUUUGAGAAAGGCUGCUCACUGCUGCUGAAUCAUAAUGGGCCCUUUACAGCCUUUAUCCCUCUGCUCAGGACUCCACUCACGGGCGUGAAUGAAGAGGAGGUAUGUAAGAACCACCUGAUCUUGGGAGAACACCUUUUCAAAGACCUGGAGGGGAAGGACUUCAACCUGUACGGAGGAGGACGACUGCGCAGCAAAGGCAAUAAGAAGCUGAUCUUGAUGGAUGACCCCACUGUUGUUUACUCCGUGCUCAGUGAAAACCAUCCAGCUGCAAACGGAGUCAUCCACAUCAUCAACCGUGUGAUGAUCAGCUCCAUGCACAGACCCACUCGCAAUGAAAAGUAUGCUGACUUGACGAUUGGUGAAAUUUUAAGAAAAGAUGAUCAGUUUAACCGCUUCCUAUCUCUGGUGGAUAACUGUGGUGCUUCCCUGCCCCUCAGAGGACCUGGGCCUUUAACAGUGCUUGUCCCGACCAAUCAGGCGAUAGAUGCGGCCCGAGAUGGCAGCAUCCUCUACAUGCUCAACAAUGCCAAACACAAGCUGCAGGAACUGCUCAGACACCACAUGAUUUCACAAGCCUCGUUGACGUCAGAUGAAUUGGCUGUUCUACCUCAAAUCCAUACAAUGGCCAAUCAGUUCAUCCGUGUCUCUGUGAACAAUAAUGGCCAGUUGGAGCUUGGGGAUAAGAGCAUCCAUCUUGUCAGCACAAACUUCAUGGCCUCUAAUGGGAUCAUCCACAUGAUUGAUGGACUGUUGAUCCCGCCCACCAUUGUACCCAUAAUGCCUCAUCGCUGUGAUAUUGUUGAAAAUAAGAUCACUGUGGGCCCCUGUGUUCGCUGCAGUUACCUGUUUCAGACCAGCUGUAUGGUGGGAAGUGUGGAGAUGGAGAGCCACAUGACAGGAUGCGAGUACCAGAUCUCUGACUCUCAGCCAAUUCUGAGCAAAGGCUGUGCCAAAUACUGCAACACCACAAAAAUAGUGGCAGAGUGCUGUAAAGGGUUUUAUGGUCCAGACUGUAAACCAUGCAUCGGAGGCUUUGAACAUCCCUGCUUCGACAAGGGAACGUGCUCCGAUGGCAUAAAUGGUGAUGGGUCGUGUUCUUGUCGGCCCGGCUUUCAGGGCGUGGCCUGUCACAUCUGUUCAGACCGCAGCAAACACGGAGAGAACUGUGACGAGGAAUGUAAGUGCGUUCACGGCGUGUGUGAUAACCGCCCAGGCAGUAGGGGGGUCUGUCGUGUUGGCUCCUGUUUGGAAGGAUUCUCUGGAGAUUUCUGUGACAAACAAGAGACUCCAUGUAACUCUGAUGGACUGAUGGAGCACUGCCACAUCCACGCAUUCUGCACCUACAGCGGCAUUAACACUGUUUGUGUGUGUCGCGAUGGAUACGAAGGAGACGGGCACUCGUGUUCUCCCAUCAACCCCUGCCUCAAGAGCAGCCGCGGAGACUGUGACGCUAACGCUGGGUGUGUGUAUAAUGGUCCCGGUAAUGCGUCCUGCGUCUGUGCUGAGGGAUGGAGCGGUGAUGGGAAAGUCUGUGUGGAGAUCAACCUCUGUCAGAGCAAAUCCGAGCAGUUCUGUAGCCCCAACGCCAAAUGUGUUCACAUCGGCCCAGCCCAGGCUGAGUGUGUAUGCAAAAGAGGCUACAUGGGAAAUGGAAAAGUGUGUGAACUCAUUAACCCCUGCACUGAGAACAACGGAGGAUGUCAUGAAGUGGCGACCUGUAAACAACUAGAGGGCGGGACCCACACCUGUACUUGUCCAGAUGGUUUCCAUGGCAAUGGCAGCACUUGCUAUGGCACAGUCCUGGAGGAGUUGGAAAUGAUGCGGUGGAGGCUGACUAAUCUCUACAGUUUUUUAAGGACAAUCAGACAUAUACCAGAGUAUUUCUAUGGGAACAUCACAGUGCUGGCACCCUCUAGAGGUGCCAUCAUGAACUACAGCUCAGAGCAAUACAUCUUCUGGUCCAGUCGACACCACGCCCUUUACUUCAUACGCUCUCAUGUUUUGCCUGGAGUGUACUCUGUGGAAGACCUGGAUAAACUGGUGGGAACUAAAGUGUCCACUCUGAAUCCUCCCACCAAAUGGGAAGUCAGCAAAACCAGUACUGGGAUAAUCCAGAUUGGAAACGCCACCAUCACUGACUCCAACCAUCCUGCCAUCAACGGCUACAUCCACAUCAUAGACCAGGUCCUGGCUCCUGCUCUGACUGAGAUUCCUCCAGAUCCUCCUGUACUAAUGGGCUUUCUCAACACAACCACCAACUUCAGUCUGUUCAGAAACUAUGCACUGCUGUAUAAUCUUUCUGGUGAGCUACAGUCCAGCUUCACUCUGCUACUGCCCACAGAUGAGGCCAUCAGAGAAUACAUUCAAAAAAGCAACUCCACUGAACUGGACUCUGAUACGUUCAAGUACCACGUAAUUCCUGGCUCUGUUCUGUAUCCGGACCAGCUCUACGAUGGUUUGGUCAAAAGCACGCUCCUGGGUACAGAGUAUCAACUGCAGUUUCACAUCAGUGACAAAAAUGAGACAGCUGUGAAUGACGUUUCUGUCGGUAAAAACUUCAUUGAGACUGAGACUGGAAUCAUUCUGGUUCUCAGUCAGGUUCUCAGAGUGCAGAGGAACCGGUGUGGAAAACCAGUUGUGACGCAAGUGAAUGGUAGAUGCACAGACUGCGAUGGACCUCCUCGCUGUUCAAGGAACUACAAACCGGUCAUGAACAAUUUUCCUUCCAACAUGAAGUCCAACUGUAAAUUCCGCAAACGUGUCGGCCUUAGGUCCAAAUCUGUGCCAGGCUGUGUCAUCAAGUGCGUUCAGACGACCACAGACCUCUCGUGUUGCCCCGGUUACUACGGCCAUGAUUGUUACAAAUGUCCAGGUGACGUGGGGAGCCCCUGCUCAAACCAUGGCCAGUGUCAGGACGGCCACGAGGGGAAUGGAGAGUGCCGCUGUUUUGAGGGUUUCCACGGGACGUCCUGUGAAGACUGUGAGCCCGGCAGAUACGGAAACAACUGCACCCAACGGUGCCGGUGUGAUCAUGGGAAAUGUGCUGACGGCCUAGCAGGAAGUGGACGCUGUACUUGCUACAAAGGCUGGAAAGGAUCCACCUGCUCCAUCGAAAUCCGUGAUGACGCCUGUGGAGGAAUCUGUGACCAUAACGCUAACUGUAUCACUGGACCUCAGGGCAGUGCUCCAGCGUGUGUGUGUGUCGCUGGAUAUGAAGGCAAUGGGACACACUGCAAAGAGCUGGAUUUGUGCAGAAUAUCCAAUGGAGGCUGUUCACCGUUCGCUAUUUGUACCAAAGUGUCAGCGGGAGAGCGCACCUGCAGCUGCAGCGAAGGCUACACAGGCGACGGAGUGGUUUGUAUAGAGAUCGAUGGGUGUUUGGUAAAUAACGGAGGAUGCGGCGCUUCAGCUGAGUGCAUCCGAACUGGACCCAACACAACGGCGUGCCAUUGUCUCCCUGGUUUCAAAGGAUUGGGCCAGUACUGUUUCCCGGUGAAUCCCUGUAGAGAUGACAAUGGUGGUUGCAGCAGACAUGCCUACUGCAACUAUAUGGGCCAAGGCCAGAGAAACUGCACCUGUCGUAGCGGUUACAUCGGGGAUGGAUUUGAGUGUCGGGGCGGAGUAAGCUCUGAAAUGACUCGGACAGAGAAUGCAUUCUUCCGGCAAAUGUUUACGCUGUCUGGCAUCAGGAAUCUUUAUGGGGAUGGACCUUACACUGUAUUUGUCCCUGUAGAGGAGACAAAUAAUCAUUCUGUUGUGACUCAGUGGAUGGACAGCGGGCGUCUCGCAGAGAUGGUGCGAAAUCACAUAGUUUCCUGUGAGACCCUGACCUUCAAUGAUCUCAAAACUACAGACAAAGCCAUCGCCCAAUCCGGAUACACUCUCCACUUUAAGUAUAAGAAGGGCUCACUGUGGAUCAAUGAUGUGUCUCGAAUCGUACGUAGCGACUACACUGUCACAAAUGGAGUGAUCCACCACAUAGACACUCUGCUCACUCCCUACACACUCCGGGACAAGGCUCCGAUCAAAGCCAACAAUAUAAACAUCACAGAAGCUGCUGUCAUCUAUGGAUACACAAAGUUCUACCAGCUCAUAGAGGCCUCAGGUCUCCUGCCUAUCCUGGAGCUCUCUAUACACAGACCCUUCACCAUGUUCUGGCCCUCAGACCAGGCUGUCACAUCCCUUCCUAUGGAGCGGCUGCGUUGGCUCACCAGUCCUGACCACCAGGAGGAGCUGGCGGCCAUCAUCAAGGCACACACCAUACGCAACUCCAAGGUGAUGGGGAUCAGUACACCUGACAAGUACCUGUCGUCAUAUCGAAGCAUGCAUGGCUCAGUCAUAAAUUACAGCUGCGACAAAAAUCUUGUGGGGAAUAUUUUGCUGAAUGGAAAUGCGGCACGGAUCACUGAGCGGUACCUGAUGUUCACUGAUGGCAUGGCCUACGGUAUCGACCAAAUCCUUGAACCUCCGGGACUAGGGGCUCACUGCGAUGGGAUCGAGAACACAACCAUAUAUGGUCGAUGUGGACGCUGCGUGUUCCCUCCUUCCUGCAGCCUCAGACACGUAGACACGGGGAAGGUGGAGACUUGCACCAUGUCGUCCCGCUACAGCUACAGGUACAGGUACAGGUACUCCGAGAUUGACCUGUCUCCAUUUGCAUUUGGACGGAGAGGGUGCAAAAGAGUGUGUCACUUCCCCUCGUGGACCAAGAAAUGCUGCAAGAACCACUAUGGACGGGACUGCACAGUGUGCCCGGGUGGAGUUGAAGCCCCCUGUAGUCUCCAUGGUAACUGUGAUGAUGGUUUGAGAGGCUUGGGUAAGUGUAUCUGUGAGAGAAACUUCAGAGGAGACUCCUGCGAACUGUGUGUCCCCAACCACUAUGGAGCUAAUUGCACAGCCUGUAACUGCACAGAGAAGGGCACCUGUGAGGACGGACUGGAGGGCUCUGGAGUUUGUGUCUGUGAGAGUGGCUGGACCGGAGACCGCUGCCAAAUCAACCUCGGUUCGAUCCCAGAGGAGUGCAGACAGUGCCAUAAAAACGCCCAGUGUGAGCCAGGCUCCGGCUGCAACUGCAAACCAGGAUUUCAGGGCAACGGUUCCUUCUGUGAGCCUCUCCCACCUCCAGACCUGUGUGCUGAGUACAAUGGAGGAUGUCACAUUCACGCUGACUGUAAUCAGACUGGGCUGCUCAUCAACUGCAGCUGUCACAGUGGUUACCAGGGCGAUGGCUUCACCUGCCAGCCAAUUAACAGAUGCACAGAAGAGCCAAAUGGAGGCUGCAGUGACUUUGCCUCCUGCACUUUCACUGGACCGAACGAGCGUACGUGCGAGUGCCUGCCAGGAUACCUGGGUAAUGGAGUCCAGUGUAUGGAGAAAGUAGAGCCUCCGGUCGACCGCUGCCUCGAGAACAAUGGAGACUGUGACCCAGUGGCCCAGUGCAAAGACCUGCACUACCACAUGAACACAGGGGGCGUGUUCCACCUGCAGUCUCCUCUGGGGAAGUACCAGAUGAACUUCAGUCAGGCUAAAGCAGCUUGUGAGGACGAGGGAGGGGCCCUGGCCAGCUUUAAACAGCUGGGAGAUGCUCAGCAGCUGGGCAUGCAUCUGUGUGUGGCUGGGUGGUUUGAGGGGGGAAAGGUGGGCUAUCCCACCCGCUUCCCUUCAGCCAAAUGUGGGGACAAUCAUGUGGGAGUGGUGAUGUACAGAGACCCAGUGGAUCAGAGCAGCAAGUAUGACGCCUACUGCUACAGGUUAACAGACGUGUCAUGUUCAUGUCCCAGUGACUUUGUUGGGAAUGGAGACUUCUGUAACGGUGUUCUGGCCGACGUUCUAGCCACAAACUCCAACUUCUCCAUCUUCUACCGAUUCUUGUUGGAUUACAGCAGUUCAUCAAAAGCCGGUAAAAAUCUGGUGGAGUUUUUGUCUCAGAGAAACACGGACGUGACUCUGUUUGUUCCUCAUAACAAUGGCUUCACUUUCAACAAGACUCUCUCCGGUAGAGACCUGGAAUACCACAUCUCAACCAAUCACAGCAGACGAUCCUUUAAUGAGCUGAAACACCGUGAAGUCAUUGUGUCGAAGCUCGGGUUUAACCUCACUGUUACCCACGGCAAUAACCAGAGCAUUAAACUGGUGAACCGGCGCCUCCUGCUGGACUGGGACAUCCCUGCAGUGAAUGGUCUCAUCCAUGUGAUCGAGGGUCCUCUCACCGCCCCUCCACCUCCUAGCUCUCACUCAUCCCGGCGCUCGCUUCACUCCAGCUCCUCAGCGGCGGCCAUCUUGGUGUCUGUGUUUGUAGCGUGUGGCGUUGGUGCAGUCGGAUACUACGUCUUCAAACACAAGACUGACGCUUUCCGCUUCCACUAUUUCAGAAAUGAGGAUGAGAAUGGAGCUUCAAACAGAAACAGACCUGCCCUGGUGUCCAUCCCCAACCCUCUGUACGUCGGCUCCACUGCCCUGAGUCAGCCCGGCCCGGAGAGCAGCCAGGAGCCAGAACCUCCAGCGCAGCCUCAGGAGCCUCAGAUUUUAGACUUGGACCAAUAGAAAACACCACACCUCCUGUCUGAUUCAAACUGAUCUAAAUCUAAUCAACCAUUCAAAUGCUCAGAGCCUAAUAAAAAACAAAAUGUCCUCUCCUGUGUUGUGGUCACUUAAAUUUCUGGUUGA